GAACGUGGUGCUGACGGCGUCUGAUCAGGAGUCGGAAUUUGUCAGCUUUACUGUUAAUGUUACUCAUGCUAAAGCGAGUUUGACUGUAAGUGACACGUUCUGUCUGAAACUCUUUCUAGAAACGUUUCCUCUCGGCCUGCCGUGCUGGCGGUGACAGUAAACUGACUAACAGUAAAAAAAUAAAUAAAUAAAUCAAAGGACGGCAACUAAGAAAGGAGGAGAGAGAGAGAAAGUUGAGUUGGGCAGAAGAGAGUCCGGGUGGCUGGAGUGGCUUUGAGAAGGAUGUGAUUUUCUGAAGUUUCUGGUUUGUUCUUUAGUUUAACCUGCUGUGUGAAAUGCGGCUCACAGACACACAGCUGCAGGUUUCAGUACGAGCUCAGACUCAGCGCGCGGAUCUUUAGAGGUCCUAAUGAUGAAGCCGCAGGGCGGAUUGAUCAGAGCCUGAUGAAGGUGGAGGGCCUGAGUGGUCAGAGCCUGAUGAAGGUGGAGGGCCUGAGUGGUCAGAGCCUGAUGAAGGUGGAGGGCCUGAGUGGUCAGAGCCUGAUGAAGGUGGAGGGACUGAUUGGACAGAGCCUGAUGGAGGUGGAGGGACUGAUUGGACAGAGCCUGAUGAAGGUGGAGGGACUGAGUGACCAGAGCCUGAUGGAGGUGGAGGGACUGAGUGACCAGAGCCUGAUGGAGGUGGAGGGACUGAGUGACCAGAGCCUGAUGGAGGUGGAGGGACUGAGUGACCAGAGCCUGAUGGAGGUGGAGGGACUGAGUGACCAGAGCCUGAUGAAGGUGGAGGGACUGAGUGACCAGAGUCUGAUGAAGGUGGAGGGACUGAGUGAUCAGAGCCUGAUGAAGGUGGAGGGACUGAGUGAUCAGAGUCUGAUGAAGGUGGAGGGACUGAGUGAUCAGAGCCUGAUGAAGGUGGAGGGACUGAGUGAUCAGAGCCUGAUGAAGGUGGAGGGACUGAGUGAUCAGAGUCUGAUGAAGGUGGAGGGACUGAGUGAUCAGAGUCUGAUGAAGGUGGAGGGACUGCUGGAUAAAAUGAUAUUCAGUCAGGCCGACUGUCAUUUAUGAAAGGAAGAUCUCUGGUUUGGUUGGUGCAUUUGUUUCUGUUAUUCUGGCCACAAGAGUCAUUGUGUUGGUGUCCUGAGUGGUCAGUGCCUGUCUUUGAGUACCUGUGCUUCUCAGCACUAACAGGUGUCUAUAGGUGCGGUUCAGUCGGGGGUGCAGAGGAGUUCACUUCAUAACACAAAGGCAGCAGCUCAGGUAGUAGUUACAGGAGAACUUCACAGAUUUUUCUGAAUUCCAGCCUUGUUAAGUGGUGUCUCUGUUCUAGAGAAACUUACCGAGUCAGAACUGUUCACAGUGGUGGUGAUAGGAACCAGACGUCCACCUCUAAAAUCUCCCUCACAGAA